AUGCUUAAAGGUCACUGCACACCCUACUCGCGGGGUGUUCCUCGUUUUUAUGCUCAGAAAACUCGCAUUCGCUCAUUUGCUCAGUCGCAAGCCUCGCCACUAGCAGCAAGAUACUACAGCACACAAGAUGGAGCUGUUGAGCGCCAACGGAAGUCGUUGUCUGUGCCUGGUGUGGCCAGAUUCAAUGAAAUUGGUGUUCAACAGCUGAGCGAUCACGUUUACUCCCAAAUCUUUUUCAACAAGCCGACGCCGCCAGAUCCGAACCUAGUCGCGCUAUCUAAAGAUCAUCUUGCGCGACAUGAUCUCCUUGGGAAGGCGCAGGAGCAUGCGGACCCGGUCGCCUUUGACCUCCCCGGCCUUCAAGGUCAAACGUUGGAUGAACACUUCUAUAAGCUGGGAAUGGACUCAUCAGAACCAUAUCUCACUUACUCGAAAGAAUACGCAGUCGUUAAUUCGCCGGAACUCCCGCGCAAAUGGGUCAGGCGCAGCGGAUGGACCAAAUACAACAGUGAUGGCAGUUGGGAAGCUGUGGAUGCGCCAAACGAAUCAAUGAUUACAUUUGAUACGGAAGUGAUGUACAAGGAGCAUCCAUUUGCUGUAAUGGCAUGCGCUGUUAGCCCGACAGCUUGGUACGCAUGGAUAUCUCCUUGGUUAUUAAGGGAGUCCGAGAAUGAAAUUCAACUUGUUCCUCUAGGCGAUCCAACUAAGCCCCGUAUCAUCGUGGGACACAAUAUCGGCUAUGAUCGUGCGCGCGUCUUGGAGGAGUAUGACCUUAAGCAGACGGCUAAUUUCUUUCUCGACACGAUGUCGCUUCAUGUCGCGGUGAAUGGGAUGUGCUCACAGCAACGGCCUACAUGGAUGCGUCAUAAGAAGAACAGAGAUCUAAGAGACAAGAUUGCAAGUGACAGUAACUCCGUUGAGCUUGCAGCUUUGAUCGAGAAUAAAAUGAUACGGGAAGAGGAAGAAGAACUGUGGGUUGGAAGGAGCUCGGUCAACUCACUCCGCGAUGUAGCCAAAUUCCAUUGCGAUGUUACUAUUGACAAGUCUCAGAGGGACUAUUUUGGCGAGCUUGAGAGACCGCAGAUACUGGCAAAGCUGGAUGAGCUGCUCGACUACUGUGCUGCGGAUGUUGCAAUCACCCAUCGUGUGUACAAGAAGGUUUUUCUUAAUUUUCUUGAGACUUGCCCACAUCCAGUCAGCUUUGGCGCUCUUAGGCAUCUCUCGUCUGUGAUUCUUCCAGUUAAUCAGACUUGGAAGGAGUAUCUUGAUAACGCCGAGUCGACCUAUAAUCAGAGACUGGGUGAUGUCCAGCGAAGACUUGUCGAGCUAUGUGAUGAAGCGCUGAGUGUCAAAGAUGAUCCAGAGAAAUACAUGAAUGAUCCCUGGCUACGACAGCUGGAUUGGUCCGGCCAGGAGGUCAAGAUGGUGAAAGGAAAGAAGAAAGGCGACCCUCCUCGACCCGCCGCCAGGCAGAAGAAGCCUGGCAUGCCGCAGUGGUACAAAGAUUUGUUCAGCUCGAAUACUGCAGAUAUUAACCUAACGGUCCGGACACGGAUCGCGCCAAUCUUGUUGAAGCUAUCAUGGGACACGCAUCCACUGAUCUGGUCAGAUAAGCACGGCUGGACGUUCAAAGUUCCCCGCGACAAAGCUCACCAGUACGAGAAUCAACCAGUGGUUGCAUGUAAUAUGACAGAGGAAAAAAAUCCAGAGCUACAUAAUGAUAGGAAGCACAUCUACUUUAAACUUCCUCACAAGGACGGACCAACGGCGCGCUGCGUCAGUCCGUUGGCCAAAGGGUACCUGCAAUAUUUCGAGCGUGGCACACUGUCUUCUCAGUAUGCCCUUGCUAAGGAGGCAUUGGAGAUGAAUGCAUCUUGUUCUUAUUGGAUUAGUGCUCGUGACAGAAUCAUGGGCCAGUUGGUUGUUUAUGAGAAUGAUGUACGGCCUGCUUCUCCGAGUUCAAAGAACGGUGAUCAAAAAUUGGGUUAUAUUCUACCUCAGAUCAUCCCUAUGGGCACAAUCACUCGAAGGGCAGUGGAGAACACGUGGCUUACAGCGAGUAAUGCCAAGGCGAACCGUGUUGGCUCUGAGCUGAAAGCAAUGAUAAAAGCCCCUCCGGGCUACGCUUUCGUUGGUGCUGAUGUUGACUCUCAAGAGCUGUGGAUCGCAAGUCUCAUUGGCGAUGCCCAAUUCCAGCUUCACGGCGGAAAUGCAAUCGGAUUCAUGACCCUCGAGGGAUCCAAAGCUGCAGGAACUGACAUGCACUCCCGCACCGCUAAGAUUCUGGGCAUCUCGCGAAAUGACGCAAAGGUCUUCAACUAUGGUCGUAUUUAUGGAGCCGGUGUCAAGUUUGCGGCGACGCUGCUGCGCCAGUUCAACCCAUCGAUGUCUGAAAGAGAAACCCAGGAGGUAGCAAGUAAGCUUUAUAAAGAGACCAAGGGUGCCAAAACCACUCGCCGCCUCCUGAGCGAUAAUCCAUUCUGGCGGGGAGGCACAGAGUCCUUUGUCUUCAACAAGCUAGAAGAGUUUGCUGAUCAAGAAAGACCACGAACCCCAGUUCUAGGCGCCGGUAUCACCGAAGCCCUAAUGCGGCGCUUUAUCAACAGAGGAAGCUUUAUGACUUCCCGUAUCAACUGGGCUAUUCAGUCUUCUGGUGUCGACUAUCUACACAUGCUGAUCAUCGCCAUGGAUUAUCUCAUUCGACGCUUCAAUAUUCAGGCGCGUCUAGCCAUCACCGUCCACGACGAAAUCAGAUACCUUGUCAAGGAGCAGGAUAAAUAUCGCGCUGCUCUGGCCCUGCAGGUUUCCAACGUAUGGACGCGCGCCAUGUUCUCGCAGCAGGUUGGCAUCAACGAUCUGCCUCAAUCAUGCGCCUACUUCUCGCAAGUCGACAUUGACCAUGUCUUACGCAAGGAAGUCGACAUGGACUGCGUAACACCUUCCCACCCACACAAGAUCCCACACGGAGAGAGCUUAAACAUCACCCAGCUUCUUGAUAAGAAUGACGCAGCCCGCCUCGACCCAUCAAUCACCCCCAUCUCCCGCCCUACACCCGAAAAGUAUACCUACACGCCUCGCAAAACCGUCAUGUCUGCGCUCCAAACCACCAACAACCUAGCAUUUAUCAAAGCCCAGAUUACGAAAGAUGACAAAGAGCUCCGCGAUAUCAUCAAAGAUGUCACGAAACUCAAUAACCCCGUCAACGCCAAAUGUACAGUUCCGCGGUCGGACACGCGCGCCAAAGCAACAGCCAAACCUGUAGCCGAACCGCAGAAAGCCAUCCUCAUGGAUAUUGGCUCUGGUUUAUACGGUGGCGGCGUUCGAGACUUCACCCAGGGGAGCAGGCCUCCUCAAGUCAACCUCCAUCGGCAACCGUGGAAACCACGACCCACGGCUAGAGCAUAG